CUGUAGAAUGAGGAAGUUCCUACGGUAUGGUAGUGGUUUCUUCAAGCGUGCUUCUCCACGUCCGUUCUCUGUCAGAUGCCAGCAUCGACACACUGAAGCGGUCCGUUGACGGUACGAUAAACAGCUUCUUCGCAUGUGCCAUAGCAGUCUAUCGUGGACUGAGAUCAUUUCAUUUCACUAUGGGAGCAUCUUCUUCCAGUCUGCUAGAUGAGACUAAAUCCAACUACAUCAGAGGUCGUGCUGAGGCCGAGCUGAAGAACUUCAGUCCCCACUACAGACAACAGUACUCUGUUGCCUUCUUCUCUCAGCUGCAGGAGGAGGUGGAGCAACACAAAGAGACCCACACACAGCUCCUUAAACAGAGGGAGCCCCUUAGGCCAGAGGAAGUGCUGUAUCAGGACAGUGUUCUGCACUAUGACGACACCGGGAAGUGGAAGGAGAGGUUUGUGGUGAUGAGAGCCAAUCACAGCCUGGAGUAUCAUGACAACCAGGAGAGCUUCGCUAAAGGUGUUCCGGCCAGACAGAGACUCCUACCAACAGGGGGCGUAGUUCUGACGUCCGAGGAGAAGUACACAGCACUGGUGGACAAGGCCUUCCCCGACCCUAAAUGUUUGAAGGAGGAGACAUCUCCCCCCAUGGUAGUGGUACCUUCUGGUCAGUUCCCUGUGUACCUCAGACUGCCCUACAGACGAGACGUGUACUUCAGCUUCCCCCAGGAGGACCGGCGAGCGACCUUCCUCUCCAUCCUCACGGGCUGCAUCAGGCACCAGAACCACGAUUCUCUGAGGAGGUCCUCCUGUGAGUCUCAGGCGUUCCUCAAGGCCAUACAUUUCUACCGGCAGGAGAAAGGACACUAUGAGUCCUGGGACAUGCUGAUGGGCUGUGAGGAGCAGGUCCUAGCCAAUCUGGUUUUGGAGGAGCUUCAACCCUCUCUACAGACAGAACUGCUGGCCAGACUGAAGGGAAAGAAAGCAGGGAGGAAGAGAGUCUGGUUCACCACGUUGGAAGCCGCGUACUACCUGGUCCAGGACCAGCUGAGGGAGGGUCUGAAGGGUCUGAAGGAGGAGUGUAAAGAGACAGCCAGGUCUCAGGAAGCUCUGCUUCGUUCUGAUAUGGACCAGAUAGCCAGUUCUAGAACCUUCCUGCAGGCCAAGCUACAAGCCUCCGUCAGUGAUCCAGCAGUAAAGUUCUGCAGCGAGAACGUGUCUCCGUACCUGGCGUCCAUCUUGGAAGAGCUGAUGUCUCCGGUGACGGGGGGUUUCCAGGGGGUCCGGCUUCUCCUGGAGGGGGAGAUAAACGCUCUCUGUCUCGGCUUCCCCGAGGGAGGGGGGCAGGAGGGGUUAAACCAGGCGCUGGGUCAGAUGGGUCAGAUGUGUCAGGCAAGUCUGGAGGAGUGUUACCAGAAAGUGGAGGUCCUGACAGAACAGCUCCAGGAACUCAGGCAUCGCUUCAAGUUCUCCAACUCAGUUCGUCUGAUCCACAGCACGCAGAUAGACAUGCAACAGCUGAUGGAGAAUGCUGUGUACACCUUUAAAUUGCUCCUCCAGAGCUCACUGAAAGACAACCCUUCCAAACUCACCUCAGCCAUGGAGAAAGCAAAGCUCAGAGUCCUCAAGCAGUAUGACCAUGACAGUAGCACGGUGAGGAAGAGGUUCUUUCAGGAGGCUCUGGUUGACAUCACGCUACCUGCUAUCAGGAGGAACAUGGCUCCGGCACACAAACCGGACUUGCAGAAGUUGGACCAGUACAUCUUUGCUGAUUACACCAACUUCAUCAAAGUGGAAAAUGUUUAUGAAGAUGUUCUACUGGACAUUCUGACCAUCGAGGUCGACAAAGUUGUGAAAGAAGCUGCCAGUCUGAGGAAGAACAACUUGAUGGUGGACAGUACUGACCUGCAGAGUGCCAGCCAGAGCAGCCUGACAGACAGUCGCACCCCUCCCCUCUCCUCCCCCGCCAGCCCUGCCAAGAUGGCUGUCUCUGGGCUGAGCAGACAGGCCGAGCAGGCACCUUCUCCCCUGGUGGGGAACUCGUCUUCAAGCGCUGGGAGGCUGGAGGUGGAAGGUGGCCCAGUGGUUCCAGAUAUGGCUGUCCUCACUCCUCCUGUCAUUGUCACAACUCCAGAAAGUGAGGCUCCAGACCCAGUCCCACUCCCAGCCGCAGCACAUAUACCUACCAAUACUGCUGAUGUCGCUGUAGCAGAGCCUGAUACCCCUUCACCUCUACCUGAAAUGUCCUCUGCUGAAAGCGAUUACACCUCUGGUGCUGCCUCAACCAAACCUGACGCUUCCUUAGUCAAUCAAGACACCCCUUUGGCCACAACCACACCUUAUGCCCCCUCCCCCAAGGCUUCUCUUCCUGUGGCUGAACCAGCUCCCCAGACACAUGAAGUUACAGACACAGCAUCCCGACCACCAGGAACUGAAGACAAACCAGACACGGCCAAAGCAUCCCGACCACCAGGAACUGAAGACAAACCAGACACGGCCAAAGCUUCCCAACCACCAGGAACUGAAGACAAACCAGACACGGCCAAAGUUUCCCAACCACCAGGACCUGAAGACAAACCAGACACGGCCAAAGCAUCCCGACCACCAGGACCUGAAGACAAACCAGACACGGCCAAAGCAUCCCAACCACCAGGAACUGAAGACAAACCAGACACGGCCAAAGCAUCCCGACCACCAGGAACUGAAGACAAACCAGACACGGACAAAGCAUCCCAACCACCAGGACCUGAAGACAAACCAGACACGGCCAAAGCUUCCCAACCACCAGGAACUGAAGACAAACCAGACACGGCCAAAGCUUCCCAACCACCAGGACCUGAAGACAAACCAGACACAGACACAGCCAAAGCCAGAAACAGCCCAGUGAGUGACAGUGUGUCGGUGUGUGUCGAGUCUCUAUCAGCAAUGAGUAUGAUUCUUCCUGAGGCCACGGUGCCCUUCACUGGUCAGAGACAGAGACAAGCCACAGACAGAGCAGUCUACCUGAAAGCUCCUGCAGGGGUGAAGGAGGGGCCAUCUGUACCUCUCACCGUGGACGAGAAGGAAGAGGAGGAAGAACAUCUUUGUAAGGAGGCAGAGAACACAGAAGCACAUCACAUUGGUACAGCCCCAUCCAACGCCCAUAGAGAAAGUGUAGACAGUGAUUCGGUCCACUCUGACACCCCUCCAGAAAUGAAAGCCAGUGGUACAGUCCAAACUAGCUCAUCUACCCAAGCCAGAGACACUGAACCAGCCUCCCCGAAUGACCUUAACCCCACGGGAUCAGAGAUGCAGCAUGGAGGCAGUGAGGACAGAGCGACAGUUACCUCCGUCUCUAGAGUUACUGUCACUGAGAGCGAGGGUGCCCUGCUUGCAUGCAAUACCCUGGUCACAUCACCAGAGGGUGCUACUACUCCACUCACUGGACCUGGGGAGGGUGUAGUGGAGGCAUGGGACAGAGGAGAGGCUCUGGGGCUACAGUCUAACGCAGUGGGGAUGGAGGCAGAGGAGGGAGAGGAGGAAGAGCAGGAAGCGUUUCCACUGGAUAGUGUGAAGUCCAUCCGUGACUUGAUGAUGGAGGUAGUGGAGGUAGAAGAGCUGAUACAGAGGUGUCCCCCAGGAAACAGCACUCCCUAGCUGGGGAAAGAACGACUAGGGGGUGUACCAACAGCAGAGCAAUCAACUGUGUUCAUUUUGAACCCAAUUCAAUAUCUAUUAACUAUUUCUAUGUAAAAUAAAUGACUGAACAUGUUUACUCUUCAGACUGAUAGAAAUUGAGGAGGUAAUGAUCUCUCUCCUCCCUCAGAUGAGCACACAGACUGGAGAAGAAAUAAAACUGACCAAAUAACAAACUUUAACAUCUGAUAGCUAUACUAGCAAGGACUGCUAUUGGUGCAGCAGACAAUCAUACAACUCAGAUUUCACUUACAUAUUCAAUUUUUGUAUUGAACAACUUCGCUUUUUUUGUUGAAAUAAUUGUCAUCUUUUUAAUAAUUUUGGAUUGAAAUGAGCACCUUACCUUACGUUUUGUUCUGUUGUGCAAAUUGAUUUUACCCUGACAACAUAAGUACUGCAUUUCUACGCCAUUUUGCUUUAGGACCUUUUGUGACAAAGCUAUUUAGAUCUGAAUAUAUUUAACCGUUAAAAGAAGGAGGUGCUUAAAUUAAUAUAAACAAACUGUUCUAUUAUCUGCAUGAUGAUUGGAGUAUUGCAAUUGUAAAAUUAUCAAUAUAUUUGUCAUUUAUAUAAAAGAAAAAAAAUGUUUUAACACUUAAAACACACAUUUAUUGUUUUGUGUUCAUACUGUAUCUUUCUGUAAUUAUAUAAAAUAUAAAACCUUUAUAAAUUUGCCACAUCUUUUAGAAGUUACUGUAGGGGAGAGGGGGGUCACGUUCAGCCAUUUGUUUUUCAUUCAGCAUCAUUCUGUCAAGGGAAAUAUAGUCUUCUUUCUAACAAAGAUAUCUACAUGUAUUUCAGGAUGUUGUGUAUCUCUGGAAAUAAAUCAGAAUUCAUGUAAACAUUAAAGUUUUGAAAUCA